AUGACUAAAUACAAAAAUGGUGUUUUCCAGCAAUCGGAUAACGAAGGGAAUGACUCAAUCUCCCAAUUAAUGGCCCAAUGCAAGGAAAUCGCUCGCGAUAUUAAAAAAGAACGGCCAUGUCGGCGGCAUCUCCCAGCAGCAUUGUUCCAGACAUUCCCCGCUCGAGAUGUCAUUGAUCAACUUGUACGGCUUUACUUCGCCACAACUGAGAGUUGCUACCGAAUUAUUGAUUUCUCCACAUUUAUCACUGAAUAUGACACAUCGAUGACUAACUUAGAGAACGCCAGAAGCUCGUUCCUUGUUGAGUUACUGCUUGUCUUGUGUGUCACGGGUCCAAUGCACAGCGAUGAAAGCGUUCGCAAGGAGUUGGCCGCAAAAAGUGCCACAUGGCUUCACAUUUCCCAAACUUGGCUGUCCGCACCAAUAGAAAAAGACCGUUUGACAAUCAAGGGCAUUCAGAUACAUUGUCUUCUGCUCCUUGCCCGACAAGUUAACAGGCUGGGUGCAGAUAUAGUGUGGAUAUCAGCAGGCUCACUUAUUAGAAUGGGCAUGCAGAUGGGACUACAUCAAGACCCAGACCGCCUGGGAGAUGUGCCAACAAAUGAAAAAGAGAUUCGCAGGCGACUUUGGUAUACUAUUUUGGAAAUGAAUGUCCAGGCUGCCCUAGACUCGGGAAUGGUCCCCAUGAUCACACCGCAGGACUACAACACAAAGCCGCCGGCUGACGAAAGCAUGGGUAAUUCUGAAAGUUUGAGAACUGGAGAGAAUGACGAAUUAAGCUCUACAUAUGAACAGCCGUUAUCAUUUCAGCCUUUAUUGGCCGAAUCUCUCCCACUUAGAAUACAUGCUACCAAAAUCAUAAGCAGCCUCCAGGAAGAGCCUGAAUAUGGCCAAGUUCUAAAUUUAGGAAGCGACCUCUCAAAUGCAUGUCAGAAAGCUGCUUUGAACGUUCAACGUCAAAUAGGUCGCUCUCGGAGUCCCCAAAAUCAAUUUGCUCAGAGCUUUUGCAGUCACCUCCUCAGUCGCUUUCUUUUGUGUUUGCAUUUCCCCUACGCCGUCAAAGCCCCGGCGCAUCAAGUUUUUGCUCACUCACAGAGGGUCUGCCUGGAAAUCGCUUUGGAGUUGGUUUCUCUGCUGGAUGACAAUCUUUACAGCCGAUUGUUGACCAAUGGAGGUGGCAUGUUCCGUGAUCUCAUCACGCGGGGCGCGUUGAUGUUAUAUUUGGAACUAAAUUCGCGUCUCGCCAAUAACAUUUCAAGCCUUGCCAUCCGUCGGCAUCGUGCAAAUCAAGAUCUACUAAUCCAGGAUGCGCACCGAAUAGUCCAGUACGCGAAGAACAGAAUGUCUCAUGGUGAAACAAACGUGAAAGGCUAUGUUUUCCUCUCUAUAGCCACUGCUCAAGCCGAGGCUUUGCUGAAUGGGCUCUCUGCAGAUGAUGCCUCGAAAGGCGCCGCUGAGAAAAGCUUAAUCGAGUGCCAUGCUAUCCUCACGGAGCUGGCAGCCUCCAAAUCUUCUAGCAACAUAGACCCGGAUCUGGAAAUUUGGAUGCAUAACUAUUCCCGUACCCCGCCAGACGGACUAGGGACUGAAUUUGACAUUCUGAAUGACGAUUUGUUUAAUUUUGACUUUAUGAACUCGGCCACUGUACCAAGCGGGACAAAUUUCGCUUAG